AUGGAGGUCCACAUCGCCUACCACACAAAAUUCGGCACCGAACAUCCUCUUGUGAGCAAUGAGCACCGCGGGCAGUUUCAGUGGGCCGACAUCGAGGGUUACCGUCGGACCGAGGCGGAGUACUUCGCUUGCGUCAAUCCCCGGCCCAUCGAAUGGAAAGAACGAGCCAUCCACCCCCGCCUGUGGUACCGGUGCGCGGAGUUCAACAAGGUCUAUUCCAAUUCCUGUGCCCGGGGGGUCACGCAACAUACCCAUGAUUUCUGUGGCUGCCCGAUCGCCUGCGACAUCUCAGGGAGGACGGCCUUGCAUAUCUGGGGGUAUGAUCGAUACGUGAGGAAGGCGGCCUUCGUGGCCAAGGUUGCGAUAGCCCGGGAAAUCAUGGUGGGCGAGCAGCUGGCGCCGGACAGCCCCCUCAUGCGGCUCGACACCAUCUAUUCUCGACCUUCCUUCCCCGGGCAAACAUGUCCAGCACAUUCUGAAGAUGGCCGGUUCCAUAAUCACGGCCUGCAGAUUGAUCGCGAGAACAGCGCUACCCACCGGUCCCGGGCAGCAGGACGCUUUAUCGGUUCACUCGUCGCAGCGGACAGAAUGUCCGAUGGGCCUUAG